AUGUCACGCCUAAAAAGCAAUUUUGCAAUCGAUUUCAGCUUCUCAACAAGGUUGAGUUUUGAUACCGAUCAACCUCUUGAAACUAUGUUUUUUAGUGGUAGGACUACUUCUUUGGUGUCUCAAAGGAUGGUUUCAUUGAUUUUGGAUAGGUUGAGAGUGAAGUAUGGGUUUUCCGAGGGUGUUGAGAUAUCUAUAGAAAUGGGAUUGGAUGAUAAGGAAAGUUAA